AUGGGCGGAGCGGAUCUUGCAUACUGCAACUACAUCGGCGAAGGGCGAGGUGGCGACUUCGAACACAAGGCUGCACCAGACCGGAAGGCGUUGGCCUUGCAGUCAGGGGACUUAGACGAGGAUGUAGCCGCUGCUUUGGCACAUGUUGACUUGAGUUGUGCGACGCAGGACAAGUUGCCGGCACUUGCGGAGACAUAUGAGGCCAUUGAGCCGAAGAAGUAUGCUGGAAAGUUGGAGGGCAAAGUGGCUAUUGUGACCGGUGCAUCGAUUGGGAUUGGAAGAUCCAUCGCCAAAGCUUUUGCAGCAGCUGGUGCGUCGGUUGCUGUUGUUGCUCGCCGCGAGCCAGAACUUGGUACUCUGGUUGAAGACAUAUCCGCUACACACGGCCACGGGCGUGCUGUACCCAUCGUAGCGGAUGUAUCUUCCGACGGCGCAGCCAAGGAUAUCGUGGCCCGGGUAGAGAAGGCGCUGGGACCAGUCGACAUUCUUAUCAACAACGCCGGAAUCAACCACAUUGGUCUUCUAAGUGAAGAGGAGCCCGACGCCUGGUGGAAAGUACAGCAGGUCAACGUUCUGGCUCCCGUCUCUCUUUCUUGCGCAGUGCUUCCAAGCAUGCUGAAGCGCAAGACAGGAGUCAUCAUCAGCACCAGUUCGUCUUACGCGGCCACAGCAGCGCCAGCCUUGUCAGCAAGCUCGACGUCUAAGGCAACUCUAUCCAAGUUCCACGAGUGCCUUGCCAGGGAGCUGGAUUUCCUGGAGGCAUCCCAGAACAUUGUGACAUUCGCCGUUAACCCCGGAACGGUGAUGACUGAACAGCUGCAAAGCGGAUUCCACCAUCCGCUAAUGCAAAAGCUCAUGUCCGACGGCGGCUUCACAGGGGAAUUCAAGAUGCAGACACCAGAACUAUGUGCUGAUACGAUGGUGGCUUUGGCGGCCGAUCCGGCGUACAAGCCAUUGACGGGACGUCACCUCAAUGCUGCUCAGCGACUGCCAAGAGUGUUGGAAGAAGUGCAGAAGAAAGGUCAAGGACGGGUGGGUGCCGAAAAUCUGUACUUGGUUAAUAUCGCGACGAUGUAA